ACAUUUUAAAUCGUUUCGUUGCAUCGUAAUGUUGCAUGUAUUAGUAUGUAUACAAUAUUUAUAUAAAUAUAUACAAAUUUUGUGAUAAAUAUUUGAAGUGAUAAAUAUUUUAGUAAUUGACAUCGUCCAUAAUUAUAAAACAUUUUAUUCUUAUUCAUUGACUUCUUUAUUUUAAAUAUUAAUAUAUUAUUGUUGAAAGAUUUAAAAGUGACGAUAGAGGUUAAGUUAUUGAAUAAUUUUCAAUAUAUUUUCAAUAUAUUAUUGAAAAAUUUUAUUAUACUAUGGAAUCGAAUGAAAUUACUUGGAAAUUAGUACCAAAUACAAUUGCAAAUAGAAUGAUAGAUUUUUCUUUAAUACACAAGCUAGUACCAUCUAGAAAAAUACGUCAAAGAAAUAAAGCUAUGAAUAUUGCAAUUAAACAGUUUCAGAGUUUAAAAUCAUAUAGUCAAUAUAUUAAAAUGAAAACUUCAAUUCUUCGAAAUUUGUCAGAUGAUAGUGAAACUGAUGAUAAUGUAAGUUUUACAGAAGAUGAUUAUAGUAUUUUAUAUAAAUCUGAUCUAAGUUUAACAGACUACAUAAUGCAAAAGUCUAACAAAAAUAAAAAGUAUACUUAUGAAUCAGAAUUUGAGACUAAUAAAAAUAAUAUUGUUUCUAAUUUAAAAACUAAGAAAAAAUGUAUAGAAAAACGCAAAAGAAAAUCAUCAGAAACUAUAAAUUUAGGUUGGCAAAAAGUUGUUAAAAAAAGAAUUAAAGAUUCUUCUUUUAAAACAAAAAAGACAAAUGGAAAUGAUUUUAUAUCUUCUAAUGUAACUUCUUCUCUAACAAAUGCUAAAAGUUUAAAAAAUUCUAACACACAAGAUAACUUCAAGAUUGAUACAAACUGUUCCAAAGAAAGUAUUUUAAAUCCAUCAAAUAAAAUAUCAAUAAAUAAUGAAGUUUAUACUGCAGAGAAAACUGAAAAUAAAUGUUCCAGAGUUCCAGAUUCAAAUAAAAUAAAACAUGAUAUAAUUGUAGUGAAACAUGAAACAAUAAACAAAAAUAAUGAGUUAGAAGUAUCAAAUCUUAUGAUGAAUAAUAUUGAUGAAAAGUUUGAUUCAAAUGAAAAUUAUUCUUAUAAAUUACUUGAUGAUUCUAAUACAGAAACAGUAAAAGAAAUUAAAAAAGAAAUGUCAUUAUCAGAUCAUAUUAAUGAAAAUCAAAAUCCUAAUGAUUCUUAUAUAAAUAAAAAUAUACUUUUGAUUCAAAAUAAUUGUAAUCAAUCAAAAAAAAAUUUAAUUAGAAAAGAAUUAAAAGAUCAGCUUUUAAUUGUAGGCAGUACAUAUCAACCAAAAGAUUCAGGCAUUGAAGAAGAUUCAGAGGAAGAAAUUUCAGAUCAUAAAAAAAAACAUUAUAAAAACGUUAAAAACACAAUUCAAAAUACAGAACAGAAUUUAUCAACUACUUCUCCACAAUCCACAAUAAAUUAUAAAAAUAAUUUGAUAGAUUGUGAUAAUAAUUCUGAAAGACACACGCUAAAUAAAUCAGAUACUAAAGAUAUAAUAUUACAUGCAGAUAAAAAUAUAAAUGAAAUAAAAUAUAAGGAAAAGUAUAAAGUACAACCCAAAGUUACUCACACAGAAAUUGUUAAUAAAAAAUAUAAAAUAAUAUGUGAUACAUCUGUAUUUGAUAAUCAUAAUGAACCAGAAGAAUUAGAUUUUCAUGAUGAAAAUUAUGAAAUACAGGAUACACAACAAAUAAUGGAAGAUAGUAUUUCUCCUACGAAUGAAAAACGAUUGCAACAAUUAAGAAGAUUAAAUUUAACUGAAGAUAGUAACUCUAGUCUUAGUGAUAAUGAUGGUACAUGUUGUAAUGUUGAAAAUAUGAGAAAUAAACUAUUCAAACGAUCUAAAGAAUCAAUAAAUACAUUAAAUAGUGAAGAUGAAGAUAUAAAUUCCAAACAUGAAAUUUCAAUGAAAUUUGAUGAAAAAUUACAAAAUAAUGAUAAAUAUAUUCAACAUAAAUCAAAUUUAUUGAAUAAUGCUUUAAAUCAUAAUUUUAACAAAAAACAAAAUGCGAAAAAAUUAAAUAAAAAGAACUUAAAAAUAAAGUGUACAGCGCAAUCAGAAAAUGCACAAUCAUCAAUAUGUGGUAGACCAUGCAAUUUACAGGAAUUAAUAAAAAAAGAAGAUUUAAUACUUGAAACAACAAUACCUUCUUUUACCUUUAAGGACAUAGAAGAGGAUGAUGUUUUUAUUAUUGACAUUCCUUCUACGGUAGUUGAAAGUGAAUUAAUAGGAAAUAAAAUAGUUUUGACAGACAAAAAAUUAAAACUUGGAAAAAAGAAAUACAAAGUUGAAUGUAAAAGUAUAGAUAAUACAUCUUUGGUUUUUGCUAGUGGAAAAGUUCACAAACCCUACAAAAUAGUAAAUAUUAAACCCAUGACAAGAGCAGUAGCAGGAGAAAAAAUUACGUAAAAUUCAUUUGUUCAAAUUAAGCAAAAUAUGUUAAGCAAAACAUCAAAAAAUGUUCAUCUAUCUAAUAUACAAAAUAUUUAAAUAAUGAAAAUAUAAUGAUAACGUAAGUAAUUUGUGCAAUUAAUUUAAAAAUUUAUCUAUUAAUGUUUUUAUUGAUUAAGAACAAUUUAUAUCAUAUUUUUGCAUGAUUUUUCAAUGAUGCAAUGAUUUUAAAAAUUUAUGAUUUAUUUAUAAAUAUAACAAUUUUGUAACUUUGACCUAAUAUGCAAUAAUCUUAAUAUCUGUUUUAAUAAAUCAAUAUAUUUUUAUAUAUAUUAAAAAAACCAAAAAAAAAUUUGAAAUAUUUCAUAAGUUACUAUUAAGUAUUGAAAAUAUAUUACGCAUAAUUCCAAUAUUAAUGUUUUUAUUAAAUUUUAUAAAUGAAACUAUAUUUUAAAUUUAUGAAGUUUCCAUGGCAGCAGUUGAAUCCUCAGUAUAUUUGCCUUUAUCCUUGCCUAAUGCAGCAAGUCUACCUUUACUUCUUCUAUCAAUAAUCUUCUUACGAUCUUUAUCCAUUUUUAAUUUUACAAUGACUGUCUGUAAAGCAAACAAAAUUUAAAUUGUAAAAAAAAAUAAAUAUUUUUAUUAAUAAAAAUAAAAUAAAAUUAUAAAAUCAGUGCCAAUUUUUCUGCAGUAAAAAAGCUAUGCAAGUCAAAUUCAUAAAUAUAAAGGAGAACCCUUUUAUAUCAAUGUAAAUAACAAACAUUAUGCUAUUUAUCUAUGUGAAUGGUUUAAUUCAUCAUUUAUCAAAAUUAAAUAAUAUAUAGUAAAAUAUAAUUAAAAAAAUGAUUACCUUAGAAGGAUCAAUACCAACAUAUACAUUAGCAGUAUUAAUUUUCUCACGUUGAAUUCUUUCUAUGUAUAUGACGAAUUUUUUCCUAUAUACUUGAACAACUUUACCAACUUGUUGUCCUUUAUAAUGUCCACGCACAACCUGUUGAAAGCAAUUAUAAAUAUUUAAUAAAUUAAUCAUCAAUUAUUAAUAUAAUUGUUUUCUUUAAUUUUUAAAUAAUUCAUAAAAUACUUAAUAUUCUACCUGAACUUCAUCAUCUUUGCGAAUUGGCAUAGAACGAACAUUAUAUUUCUGCCGAAGUUCUUUUGACAGAGGAGCCGACAUAAGUCUUCUUCGAAUAUGAGACGGCGCGGUAAAAUGUCUCUUUCGAUUUUUCCGGCGCGAAGAAGAAACAAG